UGUCUUUCUCUGGAGGCCUUCGAAGUGGCUGCUCUGGACCCAAACGCAUCCUUUCUCACGCAGCAUCUUUCCUGACGCCCUGGCCCGAGGGUCGGCGUCUUUUCUGCAAGGUUGAGAACCCCCUUAGAUUGCACAUGUCCCAUGUCUUUCCGGGAGGGAAGAUGAUACCAAAGACCGUCAGACUUCUCUCCCUCUCCUAGUUGUUUUUGCACAGGCGGCCGCCAGGCGGCCCCUCUCGCCGGCGGCCCCUCUCCGCGCCCCCGCGCGAUCCGGAGUUGGGCCGGCUGCUCAGCGCUGCGCUGUGCGCUUGGGUACAUGUGGGGGCUGCUUUGCAGCGGCUGCGGCUGGAGCUGGAGCUCUGCUGCGCUGGCCAGAAAGGCCCGCACGUGGAUCAAGCGCUGCCCUUCCUGAUAGAGCUUACGCCUCUUCUCUCGCGCCGGCUGCUGCUGACCCCGACCGGGCCCUGGGCUGAAGGAAAGAACAUGAAGUUUCCUUGGAAAUCAUUCAGGAGGAAGGUGGAUGGGCCUAUUUAAGAGAGAGUGAAAGCUGCAGGCCUCACAAGUCUGGGGCCUGCGGGCUGGAAGUGGAAAACCCUGUUGGGCUGUGAUCUCUCACUGAAAGGUUCGAAGUGCCUAUUUGCUCCCUGCAAAAGAAAGGAAGAGAAGGAGAAGACCAUGUCCAUAGCCCUGAAACAGGUGUUCAAUAAGGACAAGACCUUUCGGCCCAAGAGGAAAUUUGAACCUGGAACACAGAGGUUUGAGCUGCACAAACGGGCUCAGGCAUCCCUCAACUCAGGCGUGGACCUGAAGGCUGCAGUGCAGCUGCCCAGUGGGGAGGACCAGAAUGACUGGGUGGCGGUGCACGUGGUGGACUUCUUCAAUCGGAUCAAUCUCAUCUAUGGCACCAUCUGUGAGUUCUGCACCGAGCGGACCUGCCCUGUGAUGUCAGGGGGCCCCAAAUAUGAAUAUCGGUGGCAGGAUGACCUCAAGUAUAAGAAACCAACAGCAUUGCCAGCUCCCCAGUACAUGAACCUUCUCAUGGAUUGGAUUGAGGUCCAGAUCAAUAAUGAGGAGAUAUUUCCAACAUGUGUGGGUGUACCCUUCCCAAAGAACUUCCUUCAGAUCUGCAAGAAGAUCCUGUGCCGACUUUUCCGGGUCUUUGUCCACGUCUACAUUCACCACUUCGACCGAGUCAUUGUGAUGGGUGCAGAGGCCCACGUCAACACCUGCUAUAAACACUUCUACUACUUUGUCACAGAGAUGAACCUCAUAGACCGAAAGGAGCUAGAGCCCUUGAAAGAGAUGACGAGCAGAAUGUGUCACUGACACUCCACCUCAUCCUUCAGAAGAAAGAAAAGCCUCCUGGAGUCCUAAGUGGACAGGUGGUGGACUUCCUAGUUGAAGUGGCACACCUACUUCCUGGGGCAAGAGAGCUGGAGACAAGCGGGGACUCCUGGGAGACCUUUCCCACUCACGUCAUGUGCUCUUACCCGUCCGAGUGCUGCUAGCCUAGACCUUCGGACCAGGCAGACCACGGCACACAGAAGGACCAGCCCUGACCCGUCUGGCUCGGGACUUGCCCAGGAGGGGCCUGUGUACUUCCAUGCGUGUCACAGUUCUGCCUGUGACCUGCCACCUAAGCUUUACUGGAAUUCAGGUUUUGAGACUGAGAUGUUUAUUUGUACCUUUCUACUUCUCCAUCUUGUUAGCUGGCUGACUUUGCUGUCAUUUGUUUUCUAAGUACUGAGUGAAUUUUGAAACUUUGGAUGGACAGCAGAUUUUUCUGUAAUAAGCCUUCCUUUGAGAUCUAUGAAAGCUCCUGCUCUGAUCUCGUGGUUUAACAUUGCACAGAGCCGUGGCACUGUAAGAGAUCUGAAGCCAGGUCUGGCAGGCAGCAUUGUACCAUUUCCCGAAUGAGCCAUUUUGUUGGGGACCACUCCAUGGACUAACUUGUCUCUGCCCCAAAUGGUUGUCACAUUCUAACUAUAGGGAACAGACUGGUUGUUAACAGAAAGCUAACAAAUUACCAGUUUGUCCAGAUCAGAAUGUAUUUUUUUGUAAUAACCAUCAUCCCUUGACUCUCUUGUCGAUGUUCCUUCUUAUUUCCCAGAAGAGAGAAGUAAAAGAAAGUUACAAAUGACUAAGAGUGACCAGUAGGAGCCGUGAGCCAGAUUAGUGCAGUGUUUGUUCUUCAUUAAAGGGUAGGGAAUCAUGGCUGUCUCUACAUAAUAUUAAUAUUUCAGUGAUAAAACAAAAGGACAAUUGGUUAUUUGGUGUGAGUAGGUUAAAUUCCCAGUCACUGACUUGCGACUUCCUCGUCCUCUGUCACGUUAUAUCACGGCACACAAUUAAUUUCUGCUCCUGUGAUUGUCCACAGUGGAGCCAGAGCUGACUGCCCUCUACCAUCCAUUCCAGUUGCUCUCUUCCAGUAGAUAGAAAAACACAUUCUGUUCCGCAUCCUGAUGUUUGAAACCUGAGUAUGGUUAAUGAAAUGCUGCAUUCUCCGAUUCAUUCAUAAAACUUUGUUCCUGAUAGCCCAACCUCUGACUAGGGGGUAAUAAUACUUCCAAUGAUAUGUGAGUUUAACAAAGUACCAGUUGGUGAAGGGAAGUAGAUAAGAAUGUAUUAGUGCAUUUUAACAUUUAAAAGAUAACUGAGCAACUCUGGUUUUACUUUAUUUUACAUAAUGUGUUCAAGCCAUUUGUGGCUGCCAUGAAAGCCUAGUAAUCAUGAAUUCUUUCUGCAGACUAAAAAAGGGUUGAUUGUUUGGACACAGUAGCAUUCUAUGUUGACCUAACCAUGCAGAUGCACCCUUGCUUUAUAUCUCAAACACAUUGCCCCAUGGAACUCAGAUGUUGCUACCUCUCUCUAUCUUACUGUGCUCUGGUCAACAAUAAAGCUUUUUUUCCCUCACUGACUUUUAGAGGUCAAGAUAGGCCAAGAUUUUUUUCAGCAUCACUUUUGGCUGCAAGAGUAUCUGACUGGCCUAAGGAUCCAGAGAAACAAGAGCCCCUCAGUUCCAACCUAUGCAAUUAUGUGAUACCACGUGGGAAUGCAGGAUGAUGGUGCAGAGAAAUGACAGUAUGAAACUCAUCUUCUCAGAGGUUCUCUAGCUUUGUACCCUGGAAAACCACAGAUUUUUGCAUUUAAGAAGUUAAAUGUUUCUUUCAUUUUAAUGAUGCUUAAUCAAGUGGGAGAUUAGACUCUGAAGACAUUUGUCAUUAACUUUUAAGGUUAUUUUCUAUUAACUGUAUGAAAUUUCCACUCAAUUUAAAAAUUUAAAUAUUUUUAAACUUCUUAGAACAAUUUCUUCCUGGUUAUAUUGAUAAUUGCUCUAAUCAACUCUUCUAGAGUAAAUUCUGGCAAAAUGUUCUUAUUUCUUCAUUUUCGGGUGAUCCUAUUACUGCAGAACUUUGUUUGGCAAAUUCUGUUGAGAAUCUUUGCAGGUGAUUUCUAAUGCUUUGGCCUGACUUCAGUUUCCAUGCAUCUCUUACUGCAAAUUGAGGAUCUUAGCUCCUCCCUUGGUCUUCUCCAGCCCUCCGGGGCAGAGGCCCGCAACUCUGCUGCUCUUUCCUAACUUGACCCAUCUACUCCUCCUUUUUUUACUUUUUAUUUUAUUCUGAGAAAAUUCAAAGUGGAAAUUUCAAUAUUGAAAGAUUACAAGAGCAUCCUUAAGUGCAUCAAUUGUUAACAGUUUGCCCCAUUUUCUGUCUUUCUGCAAAUAUCCAUUCCUAUUGCUGAACCAUUUGAAAAUAAGUUGUAGUCAUCAUGAAACUUUAAAGUACUUCAUUAUGUUCCUUCUUAUCAAUAACAUUGUCCAGUCCAUCUUCAAUGUCAUUAUCACCUCCAAGAAACUGAACAAAAAAAAAAAAAAAAAAAUAUAUAUAUAUAUAUAUAUAUAUGGUAUACCUAGUAUACAAUCCAUGGUCAAAAUUCUCCAGUUGUCUCAAAAAUAUUCUUUAUAGUCUGUCUCUUUUAAACCUAGGAUCCAGUCAAGAAUCACACACUGCAUUAACUUGUCAUUGUCUUUAGUCUUCUUGAAUGGAUUAGAAUCCCCUUUAGUGUGUGUGCUUGUGUGGUAAAGUAUGUUUGUGGAGGGCUUUGGUGUGUGUGUGUGUGUAUGUGUGUGUGUGUGUGUGAUGUGGUAUCGCUUUCAUGACUGACAUGAAAGAGUUCAACCUGGUUUGUUUAUAGAGUGUCCCACAAUUUGGAGUUUUUGUGUUUGUUUUCUUUUGUUUUUCUCCUUGUUUCUCAUUAUGAGAUUUAGGUUAAACUUUUGGCAUGAGUACUGUAUUUGUUUCUUUCCUAUCAUAUCAGAAAACACAUAAUAUCUAAUUGUCUCUUUUCAUGAUAUUAAGAUUGAUCAGUGUGCUCAGGUGUUAUCUUCCUGAUCCAAUCAUUAUUGAAUUCCGUAACUUAUUAUUAAGCUGUAAAAAUCUAUACUUGUACAUUUUAGAGAGGGUGAGUCUAUACAUGUGUGCAUCCACUCCUUAGGAUUAUCAGAGGUCCAUGGAAAUGACUGUACCCAUUAGAGUUAGAUAACACAGCAGUGACACAGAUCUUACUUUUCCAUUAAUAGAAGGAAAAGGAAGCAGGAAGAGGUUCCAGUGCAGACAGUACACAAGUAUCCUGGAUAAUAAGAGCUUACAUGUUUGAGUAGCUUUGGUUCUCCCACAGUGACUGCCUACUCAGACCCAUGGUUUGAUCACAGACUUCAUGUGUUCUUCUUGAGGGUGUUUUUGUUAAGGGAAAUCCUAGAUAUUACAAUGGAUUGUGGUCCUCCAAAAGACCACAGCACUUACUCAUAUAUGAAGAAUUUAUGUGGCAUUAAAACUUCAUGGGAGAUGGCAGAGGAGGUGGGGGAGAUGAUUAGGCAUAAAAUGUCUAAAAAAGCUCCUCAGCAGAAAAAUAAUGACAAAUAAUAGGUGAAGAAAUACUAAGCUAGAGUCAUUUUCUGCUUCAUAGAUUGUUAAUAUUCUCCUCUUGGAGUGUUUUCUCAUUCCUAAGAGCCGAGAAUCUCAGAGCCAGACUAAAUGGAAGGAACGUUGGCAGAUUUCUUAAUCCUUUCCUGCUACCUCCCAAACCAUGUCAGUGACAUUCCCCGGUGAGAACCUGUUCUCCUCUCCCAUGUCUUCAGGCACAGGAGUCCUACCACAGCCUCUGGUAGAAACCACUGAAGCUUUCCAAUGUCUGAACUCCUUCCAGUCAACUUGAGCUGAAGUAGUCUGUGAGUUUCAGCACAUCUUUUCUAGUCCCCACCUUUGGAAAGGUCCAGUGACUACAUGGGAUAAGUAAACAUAUAAUAAUAUCUUUAUUUGCACACCCAUUAAAUAUUUGAAUGCUAUUACCAAUGGCCCUUUAGCCCUACUUCUGUUAGAGCUUUUCCAACAGGAGCAUCCCCUGGGAAGUCUUGCUGUCCAGUUGGUAACCAUUUCUGUAGCUUCAUUAGAAGCUUCCCACACUCUCCAGUGGCUGCAUUUUGGGUGUCAUCCACCACAAGCCUGAUCAGAAACUAUUCCAUCCCUUCUUCAAACCCAGUUAUGUCUAUGAAAUACUGACUUACUUUUUAGACACCAGAAAAUUUUUCUCCAUUUUAAAUUCCACACAGAAUUCUUAACUAUUUUAUAUCCAACCAUUUUGGCUUAGCUUCCUGACUAUUCUUUCUUCCUCCUUUAACAUACCUCCUCAGAUUAGACUGUUUUGAGUUUGGUGGUAGUGUUUGUUUUUAACCACCUCUUUGAAAAAACAUUAAGGAACUUAAAUAGAGUUCCUCCCAUCUAUUUGUGGUUAUUUAUGCCAUUCAUCAUUCUGGCCAUUGGUGGAAGCAUAUCACUUUCUAUGGUCGCUUACCUGGUGUUCAUUUCUUACCCCAUGGGUAUCACACUGUGAGAAAAAGAAACAUUGUAGGAAAAGUAUGCCUGUAUCUUCAAGAAAUAGACACUAAGUCACUAAAAGGAAAUAGAGGCAUCAUUAGGAUAAUACUGUUGUCAUUCUUGCUCUGAUCAUUUUGGUCUUUGAAGAAACUGAUGAUUCUUUCCUAGAAUUAGCCAAACAAAGUGUUUUGGAAAUAAUGAUCAUUUUCUUGCUUUAAAAUAUAUCUCAACAAAAAACUUUUAUAACAGGUUAUUUCCCUCUGAACAGGUUUUAAUUCUGAGUAAGAAUUUUCAGUGACUAUAUAAGGAUUUAUAUAAUAUAGAGGGAAGAGUUCAUUUCUAAUGAAACAAUUAAGCUAUUUUACUAGCCUCUAGUGUUCAGAUUUAAAAGUUUUCCUGUAUCAUUUUUACAUACGUUUGAAAAAAAUGUUGACUAUAUUUUUAGUUCCGUUUGUGAUUAAAUUAAGGGUUUGAAUAUAAAAACAGACUAACACAAUUAAAUCCAUUAGUAAAGUAAGGUAAAACUAAAAGAUAUUUAUGAAAUCAGUUCUUUGUGAGCUUAUAAUUCAAAUGUCACAAAUAAAAGACGUGUAACCAUCA